AUGUCCGAAGCUAACGAUACAGACACGGUGACGGCCGGCGAGUUUCUGGAGCGCCAGGCACAGCUGGAAAGGGACGCCAAAGAGGCCAUGCCGUACGACCCGUCCGAGUGCACGUUUUACACCCAGCCGGCUCGACAGCUGCUGUUCACGUGUCUGACGUGUUCCAAGAAGAGCGGCGCGCCGUCAGUUAUUUGCUAUGGCUGCUCUAUCCAAUGUCACUCGAGCCACGAUCUCGUGGAGCUCUUCACCAAGCGCAACAUGACGUGCGACUGUGGUACCGACCGAAUGAAGAGCUUUGGAGGGUGCAACCUGCGAAAGAACUUUGCCAAUCUGGACGAGGCGUGCGACACAAACAAGUACAACCACAACUUUGACGGUAGGUUUUGUUUCUGCGACAAGCCCUACAACGAAGAGACAGACAUCAUGUACCAAUGUCUGAUGCCGGGCUGCGGCGAGGACUGGUACCAUGAUGUUUGCAUUGGCGUGCCUUCAAAGAGGACGCAUCCCGAGGGAGUCAAUGUGUUUGAUUCCCUCACCGAGAUUGAGCACCACGAGGAGGUGUUGCCCGACGACCACGAGUUUGUCUGCUACAAGUGUGUGGAAGAGGUGCCGAGGUUGAAGGCGAUUUGGGAUCUUCCCGGGGUGGUGAAGAUGCGGUUGGAGCCCCGGUUGGAGCCAAAGGCGACCUCUGGGGCGAAAGUCAGCGACACUGCUGAUUUGGAGACGAAAAGUUCAGAGACUUGUGUGGUCAAAACCGAGUCUGCAUCGACUGCUGUCGCUGGGUCUGAAUCGACUUCUGACGAAACGGAUAAUGUCAAGAAAGAGAAGCGAAAUGCUGAUGAGGCAAACGCUCUCGCUUCCCACCCCAGCAGUAAAAAACUCUUCUCAUCGGACAAACCCUGCAACAUGUUUCUUUCGUCCAACUUUCGCAAAAUCGUGUGCGAGUGCAAAGACCCGAAAAUCUUUGGACUCACGCUCACGUACCCGUUUCUGGCCGAAGAAGAGCAGGUGUACGAACCGCCUCCAGACGACGAUGCGGGGUCGUCGCUGCUGGACGCUGGCACGUCUGCUCUUCACAAUAUCCCCCGUCAACAAGCCAUCGACGGUAUGGCUGCCUACAACCAGAUCAAGGACAAGUUGUCGGCGUUUUUCAAGCCGUUUGCCGAAGGAGGCAAGGUGGUCACCGAUCGCGACGUGACCGGGUUCUUUGAGGAGAUGAAGAAGAAGUCGUGA